UGCCUCUGAUUUUUCUUCUUUCUUUUUUUUUCUUUUGGAGAAGAGAAAUAAAAAAUUGCCAGUGAAGCUUCGUUUUCUUCUUUUGUUUUUCUUUUUUUUUUCUUAGCGCUUCGGUUAAAAUCCGUACGCGGAUGAGUGCGCAUGUAGGCAUUCUGCUGGAGAUGUUUUACGAAACUUUAAGGAUGAUAUACCUUGGAUGUUUCCUGUUGCUCUGUGGGCUUACGCAUGUCAUGGCAAGCUAUCCUAUCUGGUGGUCACUAGCAGUCGGCCACCAGUACUCAUCACUGGGCACUCAACCUAUCCUUUGUGGCAGCAUACCAGGUCUGGUGCCCAAGCAGCUGCGUUUCUGCCGGAACUAUGUGGAAAUCAUGCCGAGUGUGGCUGAGGGGGUGAAGAUUGGCAUCCAGGAGUGUCAGCACCAGUUCAGAGGCCGACGCUGGAACUGCACCACCAUCAAUGACAGUCUGGCCAUUUUUGGUCCGGUGUUAGAUAAAGCCACUCGAGAGUCAGCUUUCGUUCAUGCUAUUGCCUCGGCGGGAGUGGCGUUUGCGGUGACCCGUGCCUGCGCCGAGGGUUCAGCCAACAUCUGUGGAUGUGAUACACGUCACAAAGGCCCCCCUGGUGAGGGCUGGAAGUGGGGUGGCUGCAGCGAGGAUGUGGAGUUUGGAAGCAUGGUGUCCCGGGAGUUUGCUGACGCAAGAGAGAAUCGGCCUGACGCACGCUCAGCAAUGAACCGCCAUAACAACGAAGCAGGGAGAAUGUCUCUCAACGACAACAUGUUUCUGAAGUGUAAGUGCCAUGGACUCUCUGGCAGCUGCGAGGUCAAGACGUGCUGGUGGUCUCAGCCUGACUUCCGAGUUGUUGGUGACUACAUGAAGGACAAGUAUGACAGCGCUUCUGAGAUGGUGGUUGAGAAACAUAAGGAGUCCCGUGGAUGGGUGGAGACCCUGAGACCCAAGUACAACUACUUCAAACCUCCUACAGAGCGCGACCUGGUUUAUUAUGAAAGUUCACCCAAUUUCUGUGACCCCAAUCCUGAGACCGGCUCCUUUGGCACCCGGGAUCGCAUCUGCAACCUGACGUCCCACGGCAUAGACGGGUGUGACCUUUUGUGCUGCGGCAGAGGUCACAACACGAGGACUGAGAAAAGAAAGGAGAAGUGUCACUGUAUUUUCCACUGGUGCUGCUAUGUCAGCUGUCAAGAGUGCGUGAGGGUGUACGAUGUGCACACCUGCAAAUAGAGAGGUUUUCGUCUUUUCUCACCAAAACAUAAUGACUUCACUGGGUUGAAGAACAAAUGCAGAUUCCCACCUGCAAGACCAGAGAGACUGUAAAGCUCUGUGACAUGUCCGCGGACAAAGACACAACUGCCUCGUGUUUUUGUUUUGAUGCUACAACGAGUGAGUCUCUGCCUAAAUUAACUGAAACAGCCGAGUAGGUGUCAAAGUCCACGAACAUCACCCUGAUGGAUGGAUAGUUGUGAUGAUGGCAAUAAUGUUGAUAUCCGUAGCGAACAUGAAAAAGGUGUGCUGAUGUAGGAAAGGAGAACUUGACAAACACCAUAUUGGUGAUUUUUUUCCCAGUGUAGUUACUUUUAAUCAAGAAUAGUCCAGCACUGCCAAUGCUUUCAAAUCUGCAAGGCAAAAAAAAAAAAACAUUAAAAAAAAGGCAUUUCGUUGAAAGUGAACGUUUCCUUCAAUGUUUAAUCAUCGCUUGUUUUUGCAGUGAAAAGUAACAGGAGUUGUGAGCAGGUCACAUGAUCAGACACUCAACAGCAUGUUUUCUCCUCCUCGAUAUGACUACUUUAUUUGCGUAUUUUUGAACACUAACACGAUCAUUGUGUGCGUGAGUGUUUCUUUUACAAAGUGUUAUAUGUUACUGAUGUUUGGGUAAGAAUGCACUUGCACCUGAGUGAAUGUAGUUGUUUGCUGUGAUGUGUUUACAUUCUCAAUCUCUUAAGCUAACCAGUUAAUAUCUGCUUUAAGCCCCUAAUUUUAAUCGAGAGUAGAAAGGAAGCCACAUCCAACAAGCGCCAGCAAAACGAGAAUAUAGUACACAGUCUGCACAUUUCCCGAAAGGCCAGAGAACACCUGGAUCAAAAAAACCACCAAGAGUUAUGACCAAAGACCAGAAAAGAACCUCCCCACCUACCGCAUGAGGCUGUGAUAGUCAGUACUUGUGUCCCAUUGAUCAAUAUGAAGCAUGUUCUCCUUAUCCUUAACAGUAUUAGUGAUGUGCCACGUGACUCGGUGUGGGGAAAGCUGUUAUUUAUAAAAGGUGUAUUCCCAUAUACACAUAUAAUAUUCCUUUCCUUUGAUAUUUAAUCAAAUAGAAGCGUACUCCCUGGUAAACAUAGCACAAAUGGUAAUUAAAAAAAGAAAAAAAAAGCAGACAAAGCUGUAUUUUAUAAGCUCUCAAUAUUGCAGUGUAAUUUGCAGUCGCUGUAAUGUGAUGACCAAAACGUGUGUAUGUGAUCAUCCUCAGCCGUGGCUUUUUGUUCCCAAACUAAACAACAAGCAGCAUCACUGAAACUAUCAAUACUUCCUUUGUUUUAAUGCUGCUACGAUAAUAUGUGUACGUGUUUAGGUCCUUACACACAGUUUGUCCUCGUCUGUCUGUCUGUUUAAUAUUUGUAUUCUUGGCAUGUAUUGAUUCUUUCUGUGAAAGAAAUCUAUUAUAAGUAGUUUGGGUUAAAAAAAAAAUGUGAAGUUUUACUAAUUUUUGCAAACAGUUUAACCAAAUAGACCAGAAUAGAGUUUAAUAUGUUAUUUUAGUCAUCUGUUACCUUGUAGUCAUGCUAAAACAUCAGGGCAAAGAUGAAACACGUUGUGCUCUCUUAAUUUGAGAAGAAAUACAAAAUAAAAAUUCAUUUUUUUAUUUAUGUGGAAAAUGUAAAACUACUGAAAACUGAGACAGAAAGUUACAUAAAGUUUAUGAAAAGUGCGUUUCUCUGAUCGCCUCCACUGUGGAGGAGUGUGUAGAGUUUCUCAUUAAUGUUUACAGCUAAUGUAAUGCUACGUCUCAGGCGUGUGCGUUUAAUUCAAAAAUGCCCACCCAGGAUUCGAUAACGUCACGACUGAAAAUAUCAAUAAACAGCCAUAACCAGUUUCACAUAUUAGAUCAUUUUUUAGCAAACUACGCAGCAACCAGCAUUCAUACUAAAAGACCUGUUACAGUACACUUUUUCUGUGAGUGAUCGCCUGUAUGGAUAAUUUGGUUACUUUCUAAUUUGUUUUUGUUAAGUCUUUAAAUCCAAAGUUUUGUACAAACUAGUUCUUGUGUUUUUAUGAAUUUCUAAAAGCCGAUGUUUUUUUAUAAUUAUUUAUUUUAUGCUAUGUACAUAUUAGUAAUUAAAAGUAUAUAUUUGCGGAAAUACAUGUUUUGAAAUGGUGUUGUGUGACUUGUAACUUGUAGCCUUUUUACCUCAUCUCUGUUGUUCCACUGACUGGAUACAGGUGUUGUUUGUCCUACUGCCUGUAGUAGAUUUCUAAACGUUAACUCUGUAACACCAAAAUAAAAAAAAAUAUUUAAAAAAGAAAAAAAAAGAGACAAUGUUUCUUUUUCUGUGGCUGAAGAUUUUUAUUAAUAUAUUUUAAUGUCAACACUGAUCUGUCACGAGAGCUGAGAAAU